AUGGCGAUGGAGAAGGUGAUACGCAAUCUUCCGACCCUGCUCUUCAACUCCGCCUCCGUUUCAUCUCCCACAUCAACGUGGAGGAACCAGUGUUGGUCUAAGAUCGUUCGGGCCUACUUUCUGCAGCGGAGUGUUAAUUGCAAAGACUGGGUGCUAACUGCCGGAAGGUGUUUUGACGGGCACUAUGAUCCCACCAGCUGGAUAGUGGUACUGGGAGACUAUGACAGGGGACGCCUGGAAGGGACGGAGAUGAGGGUGCACGUCAGGAACAUUGUCAUACAUGGAGGAUUCACUAUGGAUCCCUACAGUAACGACGUGGCUCUGGUACAGUUGGUCCACCACGACAUCGACUACCCAUUCGUGUGCCUCCCAGGCUCGAACACGGACUUGCUGGGAUCAAGUUGUGUGAUCACUGGCUGGGGUGCCACCCACAAAGGCGAUGACUUGGCAUACAAACUUCAGAAGCUGCCGAUGAACGUUGUCAACGCCUCGCUGUGCCUGUUGCCUAGCAACACCCGAAGUGCCGAUUACCUGUGCGCGGUCAGUGACGUCCAGGGAGGAGGCCCCUGCUCAGGUGAUGCUGGCGGCGCACUGCAGUGUAGACUGGGAUCGGUCUGGGUUGCCGCUGGAAUAGUGCUGGACACAUAUGCAUGUGGUAACACCACCGAGUUAUACACCAACGUAAAGAGUUACCUCCCUUGGAUACAGAAAACGAUGACGCUUUUGAAUGAUGCAGGGACCAUACAGCAUUAAAUAAUGUCGAAUCA